AUGUUAUUUACUUUCAUUCUCAUCUUCUUACCAAUAAUUCAAACAAUUUCAAUUGUCGAUCAGCAACAACAACAACAACAUCGGUUUCGUCGAGCAUGGAUCAAUUUUUUUAGUGAUGAGACUAAAACAGAAGUAUCAGCGAAAGGUGGAAGCUCAAUUAAUAGCAGUGGUAAUAAUGGUGAUCUUAAUCAAAAAGGAUCAGAUCGUUGGUUGAACAUGGUUAAAAAUCAAACUGGUCGUGUUAUGCAAGGUGGUACUGAUCUUAUAUUAACACCAGUCAAUUGGUUAACAAAUCUUACAAAUAAUUGGCCUCUCUAUCUUGUUUGUAUGACUAUCAUUAUGUGUUUGUUAGCUUUUUUUUAUUGUGCAUUUAAAACUUGUAUUGAAAAACAUCUCAUGCGUAGACAAAGUAUACCUUUACCAUUUGCCAAUUUUUUCAAACAUUAA